AUGCGUGCACUGUCGUUCACUAGCUUGUAUCUCCUUCUACUUGGCAUCCUACUGAGGUGUUCCUCGUCAUCUGCCUGGCGUUCUUUCAAAGUCGUCUUUACGCGCUUUGAAUUCGAACCAAAUGCCAAGUUUUUGGAUGUGAGAUUAGAAGUUGAGAAUGAUGAUGAAAACAGCGCAUUGAAUGCAGUUAUCAAUGUACUUCAACCACUGGAUGAUGUAGAACUAUCGAUAAGCAUUGGUCUGCAAGGUGAACUGGGAAAUUAUACAAAUAUCGUCAGUAGAAGUACAAACUUCUGCAAAAUGUUAAAGGAUCGCAGUGCCGAGCCUUUGACACGUAUUAUCUAUCAGGACAUGCUGCGAUUUGGCAAACUCUUCAAGGAAUGUCCCCUGCCAAAAGGCACUUAUACACUGCGGGGCUAUCACAUUGAUGAGGAACUGUUGCCAAGUUUUCUGCCAGAGACGAACUUUCAGUUUGGCCUACAAUUGACACAGGCCAAAGGUCAGGAGAUCUUUCAUGGCACGCUUCAUGGACGCAUCGAUAAAUCGAAAGGUUUCAACAAUCUAAAAAUGUUCAGCUUGGGUUGA